AUGCUUUUUAGAAUUCUCUUUAUAGUAUUGUUUGCCACUUCAUUGUUUUCAACUUCUUGUAAUGGAAAAAAGAAGAUUGGAAAACCAAUAAAACAUGGUCAUAAUGCACCAAAAAAUGGUCAUGUGAAAAAGAGGACACAAGCAAUUAUUGAUAUACAGUCUUUUGGAGCCAAAGGUGAUGGACUUUCAGAUGAUACAGAGGCAUUUAUAAAGGCUUGGAAGAAGACAUGCAAAACAAAAAAUGGUGUGCUUUUGAUUCCAAGACACAAAAUAUAUUACAUUGGACCAAUUAAGUUUCAUGGUCCUUGUAAGAAAGGACUUAGAAUGAUGAUAAAUGGAGAACUAAGAGCUUCAAAAGAUAUAUCAGAUUAUAAGGAAGAUAAAAGACAUUGGCUUUUAUUCCAAAAUAUGGAAAAUUUUAUAGUUGAAGGUGUUGGAAGUAUUGAUGGCAAUGGACAAGUAUGGUGGAAAAGCUCUUGCAAAGUUGAUAAAACUAUUCCAUGCAAUACACAAACACUAACAGUUCCAACUGCUAUGUCCUUUUAUAAUUGUACAAAUUUGAAAGUGAGAAAUUUAGAGUUUAAGAAUCCACAAAAAAUGCACUUAACAAUUACCAAAAGUGAACUUGUUGAAGUUUCAAGAUUGAAAAUUACAGCUCCUUCGGAUAGCCCCAACACUGAUGGAAUUCAUGUUUCUGGGACAAAAGAUAUUGAUAUUCACCAUUCUUAUAUUGAAACAGGUGAUGAUUGUAUCUCAAUAGUAAAUGGUUCCACUAAUGUUAGAGCAAGAUAUAUACAUUGUGGACCUGGCCAUGGAAUAAGUAUUGGAAGCUUGGGUAAGAAUAAAGAGGAAGAUGUUGUUUCAAAUAUUUAUGUACAUGAUGCUACCUUGAGGGGAACAACCAAUGGAUUAAGAAUAAAGUCUUGGCAGGGAGGACGUGGAUAUGCAAAAGACAUUCUUUUUCAAAACAUACAGAUGGUGAAUGUGACCAACCCCAUAAUCAUUGAUCAAUUUUAUUGUGACCAAGAUAAACCAUGCAAAGAGCAGAAAGAAGCAGUGCAUGUGAGUAACAUAAUGUUCAAAAAUAUAAAGGGAACGAGUUCCACGCAAACUGCAAUUAAAUUAAAAUGCAGCAAAACUGUUCCAUGCAAAGGGAUACAAAUGGAAAAUGUGAAUAUACGUCACGAAGGAGGUUUAACUGUCAAAGCUUUAUGUACAAACGUUAAAUACACAACAAAGGGGGUGUUAUUCCCAAAAUGCCCUUCCGAGACGCACCCAUUGGCAUUUUUGUGGAAUUAA